AUGUAUUUUUGGCAAAUGUCCGCAGACAGUGCAUAUUUCCCAAAAAAAGAAUUUUAUCCAACAUCAGACUUUCUUUUUACUGAAGAAAUUUGGAUUUUGAAGGUUGAAACAACUGUGGAAAAUAUCGUGUAUAAAUUCUCGUUUAUCUUUGAAAAAUGUCAACAAAAUGUAACGAAUAAAGAUUCCAAGAAAUUAACAUUACUGAAAUUCAUAAUUUGUGAUAUUCACCUGUGGGAAACUCUUGCAUUUCAUAAUGUCUCACAUUGUACUUCAUAUACUGAUCAGUUUAUUUAUAAUUGGUUAUGUGUCGUGUGA